AUGAUUCAAAGCAAAUCCGCAAGAACUCCGAGUAACAAAUCAUAUUCUCCGGAAUGUCUCUCAGUUUUUCCCUCACCCUCUCCAUUUGUUAAGCUCUCAGAAUUCUUCGCAUCCUCAACUGUUAUUUCAGUUCCGGUACCACACGCCGGAGCAGACAACGGCGGAAAACCAAGACUGAAACAAACCCCGGUACCGCAAAAGGUGUUUUUGGGACAGCAAAAAUAUUUUGGACAGCAAAGUGAUAAACAAGUUUUUGGGACAGCAAAGCAGCAACUCAACUCAAAUACAGUACAAGAAAACAAAAAAAAUUAUAAAGCAAAUAUUACAUGGCAAAGAAAAAUGGUACAGCAAAUGAUUCAAGCAUGA